UUCCGUCAACAGCAAUGCCCUUAGCCAGAGUUAGCUUGAACGGCAAAACUGAAAGCGGCGUUUUGCUUCAGGAAGUGUUGGAGGGUGUGAACAUGGCUUACAGACUGCAGUCCCAGAGCUGGACCGAGGAUGUACACUGUCAGAUUUGCCUCGACUUCUUCGCUGACCCGGUCUGACCGGAGGGCGGUCACAACUUUUGCUGCGCGUGUAUCACGGGGAACUGGGAACGGGAGGCGAGAAACUCCUGCCCGGAGUGCAGACGGGAAUUCCCGCGGAAGAAGCUCACGGUGAACCGGGCCUUAGCCAAUCUGGCGGAGAGGGCGAGAAAACUCAGCCUGGAGUCGAAAUUGAGGGACGUGAAGCUCCUGUGUGAGGAGCAUCAGGAGGAGGUGAAGCUGUUCUGUGAAACUGACAUGAAACUGAUCUGUUACAUUUGUAGAGAUUCGGGAGGACACAAAUCUCACAGUUUCAUGCCCAUCAAAGAAGCGGUGGAAAUGUACAAGGCAAAAAUAGAGUGGGUUUCACCUUCAGAUUUACCCAAUAACGUUUGUUUUUUCAGAGUCUAACCCCUUCCUUUUGUGAUUUCC